AUCUAUUCUUGAAGUAAAUUAAUGUGGUAUCCCGAAGUUUUUAUGACAUGUUUAAGUCAUUAUAACAAAGAUAUUGCAAUUUUAAAGUACAUAACCUUAACAGACUGUGAUUCAAGCAGAAUAGAGACACGGUAGUGUAAGUGCCUUCGUCACCGCUAUUUAAACUUGGCGCACGAGACACUACUGAAGUAAACGUAUCUCCUGCUAAAAAGAGUUUAUUUGUAUAAUUUUAAACAAUGUCACAACAAAAUGCCCAUGGAGAUCAUAAAGAAAAGAAAAGGAAGGAGAGUAUUUUAGAUUUAUCAAAAUAUCUAGAAAAAAAUAUUAGAGUAAAAUUUGCUGGUGGUAGGGAAGCUGCUGGAAUUCUUAAAGGAUAUGAUCCUUUACUUAAUUUAGUACUUGAUAACACAACAGAAUAUUUACGAGAUCCUGAUGAUCCGUAUAAACUCAAUCAAGACACCAGAAUGUUAGGACUUGUUGUAUGCAGAGGUACAUCCGUCGUAUUAAUAUGUCCUGUAGAUGGUAUGGAAUCCAUUCAAAAUCCAUUUAUACCUCACGAAGGUUGACUUUAUUUACUUAUCAAGUCAAACGU